CUGGCGCUCGAUUCGCCUUACCCCCAAAUAAAACCGUCGCGAGGUUAAAUCAAAAAGUCUUUUACCCUAAACGUUCCAUAUGUUCGACGAACUUUACGCCAAAAUGCACCCUUAACACAAUUCUUCGAUUUUCAAUUACAUUUGUUGAAGAUGCACGGUGCGAGGAUGAAGCUGUUGUUUGUUGUUGUUGUUGUUUUGAGUUUGGAGGGUUGUUUUGGGGUGGACGAACUGAAGGCUGUUGUAGUUGUGUACAGGCAUGGAGAUAGGACACCUGUUCAACCAUACCCAAAUGAUCCUUACAAAAACAGCUCGUUUUGGCCCGUUGGUUUUGGACAAUUAACUAAUGAGGGUAAAGAACGCCAUUACGAACUGGGCAAAUGGUUAAGAAAUCGAUAUUCAAAUUAUCUCCCAGAAACCUAUUCAGAAAACGACAUUAGAGUUCAAUCGACUGACGUCGAUCGUACUUUGAUGUCUGCACAAUCGAAUCUCGCAGGUCUUUAUCCACCCACCGGCUCGCAAAUCUGGAACAAAAACAUGUCCUGGCAACCUAUACCCAUUCACACCCAACCUGAAAAGGAGGAUGCUCUGCUGGCCAUGAAGAAAAGCUGUCCAAAAUACAAAGUGUUGUACAAAGAACUUGAAAAGUCUCCUUUCUUUAAUGAAAUCAGAAGAAAAAACCACGACUUGUACGCGUUUUUGAGCCUCAAAUCCGGAGAAAAAAUUACCAGCUUGGAGACGUUGGAGUAUUUAUACAACACGUUGUUGAUCGAGACGUUCUUCAAUUACACCCUCCCGGAUUGGGCACAGAAAGCCUUCCCCAAGAUGCAACCUUAUGCCUACUUGAGCUUCGCCACCGCCUGUUGGACGCAAGAGCUUGCGAGAUACAAAACUGGACCAUUAUUUAACGAGAUCGUGGAUUAUUUUACUAACAGGACGAUUACCACUGAGGGCAACAAGAAAAUGUUGGUGUUCUCGGCCCACGACACGACAAUAGCCAACCUGUUGAACAGUUUGGGGGCGUUCGAGUUUCACUCGCCACCCUACGCCUCCACCCUCCUGUUCGAGCUGAAGUACAACGGGGAAUACUACGUCAACGUCUUGUACAAGAAUUCCAGCGUUCCCCAAAAUAUUACCAUUAAAGGCUGCACGUUUAACUGUAACUUCACUGACUUCAUUAAGAUUUUAUCACCCAUUACAUUAACUCUGGACCAGUGGGAGUAUGAGUGCAAGAUUAACUGGCUGGAUUUCUGGCCGUUGGGAUUAACGGGUAGCAUAGUACUGAGCUGCGUUUUGAGCUGUAUCGGAUUUGCAGGGUUUGCGUUGGCGAUGUCUAUGAAGUUUGGCAAAAAGUCACAUGAAAGUUCUUACAUUCAGUUACCUAACGAGGAAUACGCAUAACUGCCAAAUUAUACCGACGACUGAUAAUUUUUGGAUUGUACUUAAGUUACAAGAGUUUGUGAUAAUACUGAGGUUGUACAAUUUGCAUUUUUAUUUUGUCUGUUUUAAAGAGGAUGAAUAAAUAGUUUAAAUUAA